UCUGACACAGACGCUCACACACACAAACACACAACAAAGAAGACGUGAACUGAGCUCACACAAAGAUUUACUGCUACCUGGAAAAACAACAAGAUAUGGGACAACCAGGACCCACAGAGAAACAUUAACCUUUAGAUUAACAUAAUAGCCUCCCUCUCCUUGUAACAGCUGGGACUUUCUUUACCACUCUAAGAAACUUGGAUAUAUAUAAAUUCAGCUGUGUAAGAUGUCCCUGAUGGCCAUGUCUGCUCCCCGGUCGUCUGUGUUUACAUUUGAGUCGACAGUGCAUUCCUCCCAUGUGCUGCGCUGUCUGGACGACCAGCGUCGCCGGGACAUGUUGUGUGAUGUUACAGUGGUGGUGGAGGGUCAGAGUUUCAGAGCCCACCGUUCGGUGCUCGCUUCCUGUAGUGAGUACUUCACACACAGGAUCUCCUCCCUCGUGCAGCAUGGAGCGGUCAUCACCCUGCCACAAGAGGUGACGGUGGCUGGCUUUGAACCCUUGUUGAAGUUUGCCUACACAUCCAAACUACUCUUUGGGAAAGACGACGUCUUAGAAAUACGUAACUCAGCCUCUAUUCUUGGUUUCAGAGACCUAGACGAGGCAUGCUUUGAUUUCCUCCUCCCUAAGUUCUUUUCCAGCAACAGCUCUGUCCCUUUUCCUAGAAAGACCUGUUGUAAGAAGAAAUGCAAGAGGCAGGUAUCAAAGGAGGACUGCAUAGACUCUGACGAUGUGUUGCUGGAUGAGAAAGAAGUAAAACUGGUUGCUGACUCACCGCCUCAGGAGGAAGUGGCUUCGCUCUGCAAGAAAUCAGUGAACAGCAAAAUGGGAAGUCAGAACAGUACAGGCACUCUUACACCUGUAGCUGAAGGGGCAAGUGAUAAUUUUGUGCAGUGUCCAAAGUACCGCAAGUUCCAGCUGGCUUGUGGGAAGGAAACUUGUGUCACAGAGAAAAGUCUGAACAACCUUGUUUCAGUAAUCAGGGACGACUGUGUCCUAACCUGCUCACCAUGCCCCAGCAGAACCAACAGUAAGAAUGAAACUGGAGAAGCAAAUCUCAGCAGACAGAACAAAGGAGAGGAUGAUGAGCCAUGGAAAAAUGAAAUACAUGGCAAGAAAACAGAAGACAGUGUGGGCAGGGUGGAAACUGAUAUGAUUAAGAAAGACAAAAAUGAAAGUGAGGGGAAAUGGGAUGAGAAGGAAAGAGAGACUGGUGUGAAGAUGGAGCACACUGCUGGAGUCAGCUUUUCUGACAGAUCCAGUGUCAAGGCGGUCUCCAUGGGGCAAAGCACAGUGCUUGGUGAGAGGUCACCAGGGUUAAUAUUGCACCAUUGCUCUCUGAGGGCCUUAGCUCAGGGUCCUGCAAUCACCAGGUCACUGGGGCAGGAGAAGUUUGUCAUGGACAUUAAAGAGGACUCUGGCGUACCAGAGCCAGUAUCCAUUCAUCAAAAGGCAGAGGAACAGGCAGAGGCUGAGGGGAAAAGGGCAGAUAAUGCCUGGGAGGAAAGAGGAAAAGCAGGACAAACAGGCACCAUGGAAAGAGCAACCCUGCUGGUGAAUAAUACCAGAGAGGGGAGCACUUUGGAGAGGGAGGUAGCUGAGCACCGGGCCAAGCCUCUGGGGUCUGACGCAGGCCUGUCUCAGCUGAACCUCCAGGACCCUGAUGCAGGAAGUUCCUCCGAUACAGGAAACGGACGGAUGCGGGCCACGUCUUUAGAGUGGCUGAAAAUCCACGUCAACCUCAGCUCCAGCAGCAGCAGCAGCAGCACCGGCUGUCCCUUUUUUCAAGAUCUGGACCAAAGCAAAUGCCUAUGGAAGGGAGCGGGGCUAUCUGAGAGCGAGGGGGCGUCUUACUCAGGUGUAUCAUCCCUAAACUCAGGGGAGGAUGGAGACUCAGAGACAGAAACAGAAGGAGACAGUGAGUCCUACACAAGAGAGAGGGCCAGACAGGUGCAGUUGCCAUUCUCUGUUGACUGGGUUGUGGAUCUGAGCAGAAAUGACUUCCAACAGCUGCUGAAGCAACAGGACUUUACGCGUGAACAGCUGGAGUUUGUCCACGAUAUGAGACGGCGCAGCAAAAACCGGCUUGCAGCUCAGCGCUGCCGCAAGAGGAAACUAGACUGCAUAUACAAUCUGCAAUGUGAAAUCAACAAGCUGAAGACAGAGAGGGAAAAGCUAAUCACGGAGAAGAGCCAGCUGAGCCAGCUGAAGGUGAAGACAUGUCACAGUGUCUCUGCCCUGUGCCAGAGGGUCUGCAACGAAGCCAACCUACAGCCAGAGCAGCUCCAAGUGUUGGCCAAGUACACCUCCCCAGACUGCCCUCUGUCCUCUUUCUUUCCUCACAUGGACGCUCUCCUUUCACAGACUAGUUCACCAGUCCAGCCCCCAGCUUCACUCUCAGCCUGCCCUGUAGGCCUUGACAUGUAUAUGUCGCCUGAGGAGGGCUUGUCCAGAUCCAGCAGGGACACAGUCACAGGAGAUGAUCAGCAUUCACUUUAGAGCACACAUAGUGAAAGUUUUGAUUGAACUCAUAAGAUCAUGGAGGUUAUGAUGUCAAACAGGUUAUUAAACCUAAGGUCCCCAGCCUUUUUCCUACAGUGUCUGAGGACGUUACCAUGGACUGUGGACUGCGUACAGGCUGCAGAAUAAAGCAAUCACAUACUUGUGAUCUUAUCUUAAUAUGACACAGUGCAUUUAUGAUGACACCGUCACACAAGUUUUAAUGAACUCAUGCUACCUUUUUGAUUUAAACUCAAGAUUUAAAUGAGGUCAGGAGUGCAUUCCAGGCAUCCAAAACCCUUCAACUUACUUCCCCACCAAUUACAAGUCUUUGAUGACCUUCUGUGGCGAAUGUUUCCAGCACUGCAAAUGGCUUAUUCCAGUUUGUUUUCUGGUUAAAGACGAAAGAAACCUGCUUACCAAUCAACGCAACCAGGGUGCAUGUUGAAAAUUUUAGCACCAAGACAAUCACAGCUUUAAACCUAAAUCAAUGGGAACAAUGGUCUCUGUAUUUGUAACAUGCUUCAGUACUUGAUUACCUCAUCCAUAUAUACAUAUAUGUAUAUAUACUUUAAUGGAUAAAACAGCAUUUUGAUACAGUUUGAUACAAUAUGAUUCUCUUGUGUUAACAGGAAAAUUUAGCAUACGUUGCACACAGUGUUGGUUCUACCCUCUCUAUGUAGAGUACAACACACCACAGCAUUUUGCACCAAAACCAGACAGCUCAACAAAAGGACUUGACAUACUGUGCCAUGUUUACCUUGUGGUCUUAUGUCUGGCUCUCAUAUUUCACGCUUUCAUUGUGGUUACCUCUCCUCAGCUGACCACGGUGACACAGCUCCUCUAGGUUGCACACAUCUCUCGAGCUUUGCUUUGACUCACUAAAACAGACCUCAUGGAUUUGACUAAUCAUGUUUAAAGUUCUGUGUAAAGAAACUGCACCUCAGCAACAUUUUAUACUUGAACAAAGCAUACUUUUAGGGGAAAAGCUGCCUCACACUGUGUAAUGAAAAUCCCACAUUGUGUGCCUGCCCCGUAUUGUGGCAGCAACUGGAAAUAGUGUGUGUAACCCACAAUCUGAUGAUUUUACCAUUCUUAUCUAAAUUACUGUCAUGGAUCAAGUGAACAAUGUAGCAACAACCUAUUGACAGAUGCGGUACAAGUGGAUUUAUGUUUAUAUUUUGGUCCACUGUUGCCUGCUGUUAUCAGAACAAUUAUUUCUAUUUGUUUUGUGCAUCUCGUUCAUUACUCAAUUUCGUAUAGCUUAUAGCUUAGAUCUUUGACACUUUGACAGCAAACCAGUUUCACAGCUCCUCUCACUGAUUCCUCAAGAUCAAAUUUCAGUGUAUAUUAGGUGCAUAUAUUUAUAGUUUUAUUUUCUGUAAAAUAUUCAUCACAGUGCAGCUGAAGAAAUCAGGUAUACAUUGAUUUUAUGAGAAAAUGCUGAGUAACCAUGUUGUAUUCUUCAGGACAGUGGUUUUAGGAUGUUUAGUGAUGGUUAAUGACAUAAGAAUGUUUGUUUCUCACACUAAGCCAUCUGCAGACCACAGAUUCAGUCAAAGUGAUGCAUGACAACGCUGGUGCUUACUGCCCUCCAGUGGCAGUACAUGUUCAGCCAAGCUGUAUAGAUGUGUACUACAGUAUCUGCUCCACAAAUUGCUCUUCUACUGUGUUCCUGUAUUUUUAAUGCACAAAAACGACUGUAUCUUUGUAUGAAUAUGUCCAAAUGGAUUCCUUACAUUUUUUAAGAAAAAGUAAAACAGAACUAAUCAACAUUAAAAUGGAAGAAAAAAUGCUCCAAACAGUAAA